AUGUCCCACCCAGAAACCUCUGAUGACGCAAUUGUAGCAUCUAGGUCCCUUCUCUGUAAAGCAAUUGAGCUCGAAGAUAACCAGCCCAAAAAACUUGCCCUCAUAGACCUACUCAACCUCUUCCGGGAUUACACCGAGGGAAAACCUCUUGAAAACACAAUCACCACUCUUACGAAUUCAGUCAACAAUCUAGAGGACAUUGCAAAGCGUCUUCCUAAAACAAGCUAUGCCUCUGUAACCGCGAACAAUCAACCAACCAUAGACAACAGCACUCAAAGCCUUAUCGACGCGCAACUCAACCAUACCCCUCCCCAGAAAACAGACCAACAAAAGAACAGAGAUGCCCGUAAGAAAGCGAAUAAGGAGAGAAAGGAAGCAAUAAAAGCCCAACGACUGAUUCUCAUCGAAGACUACCUCCAACCAUUUGGAGGAGACCUACAGCUACUCACUCUCCAAGACGCAAUCAACAAGGUCUUCAAAACUCGUUUCAACAUUAGCCCUGUAAUCAGCACAAUCUCAAGAUCACAAAGCAACAAUCUUGUCCUCACAGCAGUAGAAGAGUAUAAUGCCCAAUUCCUUCUAGACAGAAUUGAAGCUAUCAAGGGGAUAAUCAAAUUCAAAGAAGCAAGAGUAGAUACUACCAGAUACCAAGUAGUAAUUCACGGCAUCCCAAUCAGGGAAUUCAACUCUCCCACAGGCCUUGUACAACUUAAAGAUGAGAUUCUCACUUUUAACAAGACCCUCAACCUACAAAUUGACGAAACCCCUCACUGGCUUACCUCCAAAGACAAACGAGACAGCGGCCUACAACACCAAGGAUCUAUCGUUGUAGCUUUUAAGGAAGAAAGCCAAGCAAUAAGAGCACAAAGGAACAGACUCAACCUUGCAGGAAUCAGUGCUAGAGUUGAACACCUACGGAACAAGUCAAGAAAACCCCGAUGUAGUAGAUGCCAGGAAAACGGACACCCUCUCAAGUACUGCAAAAACCCUCCAAAGUGUAAAUUCUGUUCUCAACAACAUCAAAGCUCGCAACACAAAUGUCAAGAGUGCCAAACUCAAGGCGAAGCCUGCGAGCAUACCACUACCAACUCUAUUAUUGAAUCCCAAUGA